UACUUCGUGCGUUAAAAUAAUCACAUUCCGUGUUUUCGCGCCGUAACCAUAACCUUCAGCGCAUCACGCUCUAUUCUUUAUGCCGAGGCGGCAACAUCCUAGCACCUCGCUUGAUAUUUAUUGCCCUGCAAGUCCAACGCUCAUUCUAAUAUCUAUUUCUUGUUUGCAGGUUAUCUCCAUCUUUCGGAAGGAUCCUCGUUCUUUGUCCUGCCGAUCCUCUACCUUCCAUUCGCCGGGGUGCUACCCAUCUCAAGUACUAUUAGAUUCCCAACUGUUAUAUGGACCGCUACCAAACCUGCAUAUUCGGACUCAUCUACACCUCCGCACUGUCAGGAACUCGCUCCUCUACCGGGCUCCGCCGCCGCAUGGCUCGGCAAUCUCUUCUAAGUACGAUUUUUAUCAUAUGUGUCUAGACAUUUUUAUUAUAGUAGUUACGGGUUUAGCUGGGCUAGAUUCAUACAUAUAUUCAACGCCCUACCUAACAAUAUUAUUCAGAGACAGGCUCUUCUCUAACUGUAUGUUAUUUUCUUUUCUUUUCCGGAUUCCUAUCUAUUACAGGAGUCCCUGCCGAAUUUUUAAAUUAGAUAACUUAGCAUUCAAACGGGGAUGAUUCAACCCAGAAACAACCCGGUAUAAGUCUCUAUAUACAAU